AUGGGUACUUCUGGCAAAAAUGACCACGUUCCAUUGGCGACCGAUGAGUCGAAGGUUGUCGACGAGCCGGACCGCGGCCAAUGGUCCGGCAAAUUCGACUUCCUCAUGAGCAUGAUCGCCUAUGCCGUUGGUCUCGGCAAUGUGUGGCGAUUCCCCUACCUAUGCUAUCGAAAUGGCGGCGGCUCGUUUCUCGUCGUCUACGCGAUCUUCUUCUGCCUCGCCGCUGUCCCAAUCUUCAUCAUGGAAGUCACCAUCGGACAGUACGUCCAAAAAGGCGCCAUGGAGAUGUGGCUCAUGUGUCCGCUGUUUCGAGGUGUUGGUAUUGGUAACGUCGUGAUCGCCUUCAUGUGUAUUGCCUACUUUUGCGUUAUCGUUGCAUGGGCGUUGUUCUACAUGAUCUCCUCGAUCGCCACCGUGUUCCCAUGGGAGACGUGCACUAAUUAUUGGAACAACGCCGACACGUGUCUGACCGGCAAAGAGAACGCCACCCAAUUGCAGUACAUCAAAGACGCCGCUGAACGAGUGGGACUCAAGACGCAAACGUCGGUCGAGCAAUUCUGGGAAAGGCGCGUUCUCAUGGACACUGGCGAUAUCGGCGAGCUCGGCGGCAUUCAGUGGGAGCUGUUCAUAAUCAUGGCGGCCGCGUGGCUCGUCAUUUAUUUUGCGUUGUGGAAAGGAAUCACGCAGGCGAGAAAUUUUGUCUACUUUUGCGCGCUGUUCCCAUACCUUCUCAUCGCCAUCCUCCUCAUUCGUGGCCUCACACUUCCCGGCGCGUCGACGGGCAUCUACUUCUAUCUGAAGCCGAACAUGACGCGACUCGCCGACACGGCGGUGUGGAAAGACGCCGGCACCCAAGUGUUCUACUCGUACGGCGUCGGAUUCGGCGCGUUGAUCGCGCUCGGCUCGCACAACAAAUUCAAUCACAAUUGCAUCAAAGACGCGCUCAUCAUGUGCAUCAUCAACGGCUCGACGUCGAUCAUCGCCGGCCUUGCGGUCUUCUCGAUUCUCGGCUACAUGAGCUUCAUCGCCGACAAAGACAUCGCCGAGAUAGUGAAGCCCGGCGUCGGUUUGGCGUUUCUCGCCUAUCCGGAAGUGGCGACGAAUCUGCCGAUGAAGCAGGUGUUCGCCGUCCUAUUCUUCAUGAUGAUCGCCAUAUUGGGUUUGGACAGUCAGGUGUGUAUGGUCGAGGGCCUCUUCACCGCCCUCGAAGACGCGUUCCCAAUUCUUCGCCGCCACAAGAAGUUGUCGCUGGGACUCACUUGCCUCUUCUUCUUCCUUCUCGGCAUCCCAAUGGUCACACAUGCUGGUUCGCAUUGGUUGACAUUGUUCGACGCUUACGGAGCUUCCGGCUACGCGCUCCUCUUCGUGGUGUUCUUCGAAGUCGUCGGACUCGCCUAUGGCUUCGGCGCCGAUCGCAUCCGAGAGGCGCUGAAUGAGAUGACGGGCAUCACGCUGCCGAGAUGCUUCAAUUUCAUAUGGAAAAUUGCGUCGCCGGCGACAAGUUUUGUCCUCUUCAUUUUCUGCAUUGUCUACUAUCAUCCCAUCACAUAUCCCACCGGCGAAGAGUUUCCAGCGUGGGCGAACGCGUUCGGCUGGUUCCUUUCGUCGUGCUCAAUGAUUGUGAUUCCCGGCUAUGCCAUCUAUUACCUAUUCUGCACCAAUCGUCAUCUCUCGUUCCAAGAUAGAAUUCGACGCGGUCUCAAUCUUGAUGGAAGCUUCGAGUCGCCGGCGAGAAAAGGCGAAGAGCUCAAAUUCAUCGAAGCUUAA